GUUUUUAAAAAAAAUCGACGAAGUUUGAACGGAACGCACAGCAAGACGCUUUGCAGAAAAAAUUUUUAAGAGGUCUCGACAAGUUAAUUGCUUUGUGAAGUAGUUGAAAAUUUUGCGAACUGUGCGCGUAAGGACAAAACCAAACCCAGAGGCGUGCUAUUUUCGGCAAUAAGUUGGAGCUAGAUUGGUUGCCUGGAGAAGGAAGUGAAACAAAGGACAAGCAAAAAAUCCGUGCUCUUGGCUGCUCCGCUCUGUUUCUCUCUUUCGCUGUUUGCCGCUUUGUAUGCGAGGGUGAGUUUGUUGUGUGAGUGCGAGAAUCUGCAAGAAAGCAACGCCAAAAAGCGAAGAGUCAAGAAAUAAAACGCUGGGGCGUGUGAAUCUGAAUCACUAGCAUAGCUGAAUCACCUCUACAGCAAUACCUGCUGCUGUUGACCGAGUAAAUAUUUGCUGACAUAUUUAAAAGGAUGGAGCAACACGAGGACAACGCUCAGUUCGACUACUACUUGCAAAACCGCCUGACCGAGAGUCUGCAAAUUACUGGGGGCGCCGGUGAGCAUCACCUGCAUAUCGCAGACUCCGCCGGUGAGGAACUUUCUGCGACCUCCAAGUCGGAGCAACGGGACGCUGAUGGGGACAAGGAUGAGGAUGAAGAGUGGAAGUACAUUCACGAGGUACAGCAGAGCGAGAAGCUUCAAGAGCAGCAUGAACCAACUCAGGAAGCUGGUAACGGUUUCAACCGGCCCUCUGAAGAUCAAAUCCUUGGACACGUUGCAGCCACUAGCCUUAGUCCGGUGUGUGAGAAGGAGAACGUGGAAGUGAUUAAGAACGAUUGCGAUUUGUCUACGAAUUCGUACACUACUAUUUCCACCGGAGAUGUGUUGGCCCAGGAUCAAUCGCAAGAGGCAGAGCAGAUGGUGCGGCAGAAUUUGCAAUCCCAAAAUCUUCACCAAGAGGAUGAGGACGAGCCCAGCUCUGUGGCCACUACUUAUGGUACCAGCAGUCUCAGCGAUAAUAAUCCUACCCCGUUAGAUCAGGACCAGGAGGAGGUCGUACUUUUUGGUCAGUCAGUUACCGAAAAGGUUGUCGAUGUCUUUGAGAACAAGGAAAACCAUGACCCCAUUAAAGAACUGGAAGAAAACCAUUCCCAGCUUAAUCCAAAUGCAGUGGCCUUUGUUCCCAGCUUCGGCUCGCAGCCUUCGUCACCUCUCCCUGAUGAGGAGCCCCUGCUUGGUAUGCAUCCCCGUCAGCUGCUGGCUUGUGGCCCCAUGGAUGAUUUGGUAGCAGAAAGUCCGCGCAAGGGUUCGGCGAAAGACAAUAUGGAUUCAAUUGCUGUGCCCGAUGAGCGGGACUUUGACAUUGAGGCCGACAAGCGACCCCAUGAACUAGAGCAAGACUCGGACCUUUUUGGCGCAGGUACUUUAGAGAUGCAGCUGCUAAACGGUUCGGGAUCUUGUGACCCAGCUGCCGUGCACGAUACCCUAGAUCACGGUCCCGAAACCAGUGUCGAUAUGGACUUGUCACUAGAUCAGCUGACCGUUAGUGGCGACAUCAUGAGGCAAUCUAUUUAUGCCGAGCACAACGCCUCAAUUGAAGACAUCCUUAAUUCGGUGCAACCUCUCCCUACUCAAACGGGUGAUGAAAAAGAGCUACUCCAUGUAGAAGAGAAAGAGCAUGUCUCGCAGUCGCCCUCUACAGAGGAGCUUCAGUUUCAGCAGGAGUUCCAGCACGAGCGGCAAUUCUUUCACAACGCUGAUCAGAACCCCAUGCAAGCUUCCUUUUAUUUGGAGCAUACGUCGAAGGAAGCGCAAAAGGACGGUCAGCUAGAAUCGGAGCAGGAUCCUGUUGGGUGUUCCAAUAAUUUUAGUGAUCAGAGUUUGCUGUUGGACACCAGUGCACCACAAUUUAGUCCCAAAUCUGACUCUCCGGUCCCGAAGUUGGAGCAGGAAUCCCUACUCGCUGACCAAAGGGACAUCGCACCUUCUCCUUUUUCCUCUACUGAAGAGAAGCAUCUGGUUGAGAAUACCAAGGAACUGGAUCAGAAUCAGGAAGUGCAAGUCUUAGAGCCCUUUUCAGCCGGAGCUCCUCCACAGAUGGAAGAGUACGCUGCCAUUAAUGCAGUUCCCGACUCUGUCGCUUGCAUCAAUGUCGAAGUAUCGACAGCGCCCAAUGGAGUUAAUCCUUUUGCUCAGCCUUUCACACCUGGACACUUGGCGGAGGAGCACUUAAAGGAAGAGUUGGAUCACCGUCAUCCAGAUCAACUAGUCGCAAACCUUAAUGAACCCGAACUGCUGGAGAAUCUAGUAGAGGAGAACUGUAUGGGCAAGUCUGACUUUGCUUCAAAAAGCUUUGAAGAUAAGUGUAUCGAUAAUAUGGAACAAGAGCUGCUUGCUAAGGGAGACUUCCUUACGGAGGAGCAAAAGAAUAACUCUCAAGGAGAACAACUACUGCACGCUGUUGAAGACCGUGUUUUUCAGGAAGAUCAGCUUGCCACUGUUGAGGAGAACAUUGUUGAGGACAUUGUUCCAAUAAAAGAAGAGCAAAAUGCUUUAGAGAAGCUAGAGGUGUCUGCUGAUUUAGAGCAGCAGGAACUAUCUUCUGCCCUAGAGGAGAAAGUAUCGCCUGAUGUUCUUGAAAAUGUGUUGUUAUCUUCAGCUUCAGAUAAACAGAAUCUUGGCGUGGUAGAAGAAACAGUGCUGUCAAGUACUGAGCCCUUGGUGGAAGGUAUUUCAACAACGAAAAAGGAAGAGGACGUUUCGUCAACUUUGGCUGAAGUAGCGGCUGUUGCUGCAGCUGGUGUUGCAGUUGCCGGUGCGAUCAAAUCUAAAUCCAUUGCGAAGUCAAAACUAGUAGGUGCUCCCUCUGCAGUCAAGAAGCCCACAACCAGCUCCACCACGACUUCAGUUGCCGCAGCAACAAAGGCAGCCGUUGCUCGUCCACGCACCGCUCCUGUUGCAACGAAGUCUUCAAGUACAACUCUCAAGUCUUCGUCUGCAGCUCCACCAACAGCAACCACUCGAAAACCAUUAAAUAGCAAUGCAGCAUCGACAUUGAAACCAGCACCCAAGUUAAGUUGCACAAGGCCUUCCACAGCUCCCGCGGGAAAGGUAGCACCGGUAGCCAAGACCUUAGCCAAUAAAUCCAAUGUAAAUGGAACUGCAUCGGGAUCUGGAUCUGGAAUCGGAACAGUUCGGAAUACCACAGCUCGCAAACCAGCCGCAAGUGGUAUAGGAUUGGGGACUGGAGCAGGUUCAACAGUUCGCAGACCAGCUACAAAUUCAUCUGGAACAGGAUCGACUCUUAAUAGCGCUGCUCCAACUAAACCUCGCCUAGGACCCGCUACGACAACCCUAACCAAGCCCAAACCAUUAUCGCCCCGCAGCACUACUUCCACUACUAGCUCUGUGCGUAAGGUGCCUAGCGCACCUUCUACUUCUCUGUCAAUUCGCAGCCCUUCCAAGCCAGCUACCAAUACAUUGGGAAAAAGCACCAUCUCGACCACCAACGUCACAACAACCACAAAAACUUUUACUGCUCGUCCUGCUCCAAAGUUUACCCACUCGUCCAAUGUAUCCAAUAGCAAUGGAAGUUCAACUCGACGAUUGCUUGUUCCUAGUAGCUCCAAUACGACAUCGGCGGCUCCACGAAAGUCUUCCCCUUCUAAGGCAUCACCGGUCAAAGCUGCCUCUAAACCGCUAACUCCAAAACCCAAAGAAAAUGGAACAUCCAAACCAUCGCCAGUUGGAUUUAAAUCUCGUAAGUCAACACCUUUACAGAGAGGCACUCCAGCUAAGGCACCAGGAAUGGGACAACCAAAUGAAACUUCUUUAACCGCCAAUGCUGGCAUAAAUGCAGAGGAUGGUGUCAACCAAAACGGAAGCGACUUGCACGACUUGGUGGGUGCGAACCCUGUUCCAGAACAACCGGUUAAUGAACAAAUUGUCGCUUCCCAAAAAGCAGAAGAGUCGCUACUGGACUUUUAAAUUGCAUCCCAGAUCCGAGAUCAAAGAGCUGAAACUACUUUACUAAUAUUAUAAAAACAUAUUAAGCAAAAGAAUUUAGUGUGAACGAAAAAUCCUUAAAUCGAGUUGCGAUCAAAUGAAGAAAAAAAAAAAAUACAGAAGACAUUCGAAAACGUUUUGCCUACGAAAUUAAAAAAUGGCUGCUUAUUAAACUUAAUUAUAUUUGAUUUCAUAUUUGGUUUUUUGCGAAGUAUUAACUAUAAAUACAUAAAUGUUUUGUUAACGUGGGCCAGAACAAAAAAAAAAUGUUCGUGCUAUUUUGUGAAGAAACCGAAAGAUGAGUAUAAUUGCGUGCUUCGUUUCAUUGAUGUUUAAUUUAUUAUUUGUUCCUUACACUCUGUUAUUUUAUCUAAUGUGCUAAAAGUAAACUGUAUUUUGCUUUUGUCAACUCUUCGGUUUUAACAAAUGUAACUAAGAAACGCAAAAAACCAAUGAAAAUAAUUUUAUAAAUUUUAAAAAUGUUAGGAAGCUCGAAAAAGAAAAUAAAUGAGAAUCAAAGUUUAAUUGUUGCUUUUAGUUAGCGUACUAUCACGUUAAUAACGAAACUUUACGAACGAAUCAAAACUAAUCCAACAGAAAGCAAUGGUUUUUGCGCAGCUGAAAUUUUAGAUUGCUAAUCAGUUAAAGAGAGUUCGAAUCUAUUAUUGAUCAAGACCUACUGUAACUUUCCCUUCCCAGAAAUGAAAAAAAACGUUUUACACGUUUUUUCAUGAUUUUUUAUUGAAAGCUGAAAACGGACCUUAUCAAACCAAUAACAAGAACGUAGUAGUGAUUAAGCAGCACUUAAAUCAUUUUUAUUUUUAGUUUUAUCGAAGCAAACUUUCAUCCAGUGUUUACCUCUAACAUAAAGAAACACUUUAACUUUUGUAUCAAUCCCAUUAAGAAAUUCGUUAUGCUCCUAGGUUUUGUGACCAAGGUCAAAGUGUAUUAUUAUUUUAUAAUUUGUUGAUCAAACCCCUUGAAAAACGAAACAAGUAUAACAUUGAAUGUAACUACUGCACCUUUAUAUACUCUUUCUAUUCAUCAUAUGUAUGUUUAAAACGAUAUUUUUAAUUAAAAGAAACGAACAAAAAUUCUUUAGAAAGAUACAAAAACGUAUUAUUUGUUUUAUUUUUGGUUCUUUUUGUUUUUAGUGUUUAUAUUGAUUUGAAUGGUUUUUAUAUACGAAAGGAAUGAUUCCAAAGCUUCAACGACUCGAAUUUAUGGUACGAUAGACCAAUUUUGCCUCCUUUUGUGAAAGUAAAUCCAAGAAAGACAUUUUAUGGAGACUAAGUUGGUAGAAGUAAAAGUUUGCCUACACUUAAAUAAAAUAUACAUACAUUAGAUAGACCCGAACGAAAAAAGGGUAUUAUUGAUCUAGGUGUCUAGUUUACAGCAACAGUGCCCUUUUCUUUAAUUUGCCUUAUUAUUAGCGAUUUUUGAACAACGCUAUAUUAUAAUAAUUAUAUUCAACCUACUUAAAAAUGUAGUGAAAAGCAACAUAAGACAGAUAGACAUAGUCAUAGCCAAAAACCAAUUUCAGCAGCAGCCUCCUAAAAAUCAUAUUAAGGCAAAAAUUAAGCAAAAAAAUCAAAGCCGCAAUUAGUUCGGUUAUAAAUCCACACGAUCCCAAUUCACUUUAACUUUAUAAACAGACUGAUAGAGAGAAUUAAAAAUUAACACUGCCCUCGGGCCUGUGAAAAAAUCAAGGACCGUGCCUAAAAAACUGGCUAAAACGAAUUUUUUGUCGCACUUAUAAAAUCUUUUUAUAUACGUUUACAAAUUAAUGAAUACAUGCAUGAAACAAGUGAAGAAAAAACAAAUACUAAAAAAGAAACCAAACAGUAAACUAAAUGACACAAGGAAAAAAUAUUUAGAUAUAUCUUUAACCUCAUAUAUCAAACAACAAGAUCAUAUUUGCGUAGUAACAACAAACAUAAUAAAAAUAAAUUAUAUGAUACUGCAAAAUUGGAUAACGAAUAAAUGUUGAAUAUACACCAAAA